CACAGCAGCAGCACGCAGAGCAAUGAAUGACGAUUAUAAACCAGGCUUUAACCGAGCAUGACGUCUGAACGGCAAGCUUCGGAUGCGCAGUUGGGGUUUUGGACCUAUGGAGCAUCAUCCUAAACUUCUGAUGUUCUCACACUGCUGAAGGAAAUGGGGAACGGGAUAUCAGAUCAACCCAACUUUCUAUCCAGUCUUCCGUUCUGUAAUUCUCUUCACAUUGCUAUAUUGGGUCUGGACUCUGCAGGCAAGACAACGGUGUUGUACCGCCUGCAGUUCAAUGAAUUCGUCAACACCGUCCCGACCAGAGGCUUCAAUGCUGAGAAAGUCAGAAUACCAGUUGGGGACUCACGAACAGUGACGUUUCAUUUUUGGGAUGUUGGGGGCCAGGAGAAACUGCGCCCACUCUGGAAGUCUUACACGCGCUGUACAGAUGGGAUUGUAUUUGUUGUGGACUCUCUGGACGCCGAGAGGAUGGAAGAGGCUAAAACUGAGCUUUAUAAAAUCGCCCGCUCCACUGAAAAUCAAGGAGUGCCUGUGCUGAUUAUCGCCAACAAGCAGGACAUGAGACAGGCUCUGCCACUGUCACAAAUAGAGACCAUGCUGGCACUCAACGAACUGGGACCCUCUACACCGUGGCAUUUGCAGCCCACUUGCGCCAUCAUUGGCGACGGCCUAAAAGAGGGACUGGAAAGACUCCAUGACAUGAUUGUAAAACGAAGAAAGAUGCUCAAGCAGCAAAAAAAGAAAAAAUAGACCCAAAUAGACCAUAGAUGUAUUAUAUAAAUGAGGAAGAAGAACAGUUGGAUAGUUGUGAAUUGUCAUUGUUAUGUGCCUAGAGUUGGUUAUAGAGCCAGCAAGCACUUUAGCUGUUUACUUUCAUAUUGUUUACUCUUCUGGAUGUUUACUAUCAGCUAGAUUUAUAUAAACCUAAUAUAAUUGUUUUAUAUAUAUCACUGAUGGAUGGCUUCUGUUGGUGUUUUAUUUAGAAUGUUUGUUUAUUUGCAAUAAAAAGGUUUUCUGUCUUUAUUCUGAA